AGAGGGGAGAGAGAGCAGGCGGGAGCGCGGCGCUGCUCCAGGAUCUCUCUCUGCUUCGCGGUGACUAGAAGUCGCAGCUGCGGGAAAUGGACGGAAGGAGAGCGACUUUUAACGCGCACCGCAACGCGUCUGGCUGUCCGUGUGCGGAUAGUUUGCGGCCGAUAUGAGCUCGGACUGCGAAAGUUACUACACCAAAGAAAACGUGCUCGUGGAGGGAUUCACGUGUCCGAAAGCGGACAGUGACACCACGGCGCUUUUCUGCUGCGGGUUCAGCGACUUGAAGUACUGCUGCGAUGACCCCAACAGCUUCUUCCCCUACGAGUAUGGAUACAUGUGGUGGCUGAGUCUCGGAGCCCUUGUGGGUCUCUCUGUUGCAGCUGUGGUUCUUCUCGCCUUCAUCAUCACUCUGUGUGUCCUCUGCUAUCUGUUCAUCACCACCAAACCCAGAGGUCUGGACAAUGGGCUGCCUCUCCGAGCACCAGGUUCUUCGUCGAGUCCACAGGAACCAGGGCCGAGUCACGGCAGCGCCCCCACUGGUCCUCAAGGCCUCAGGAAACACUUCCUGAGAGGCAAGCUGGACUGUGACAACCAGCCUCCGGACCCCGACCGGCUUUUCCAGCGCUGUUUCAUGGCUACCGUUACAUCAAUCAACGUUGAGGGUCCUACAUAGACUGACCGACUGUUUGUCCUUUUGACCAGCUACUGUAGCAGAGGAUGCAAAUGUGAUUUUAGUUGCGUAACGUUUUGCCUUUAUCAUCUUCAGUUUCACAUAAAUUAUUUGUUAUAUGUGUUUAUGUGAUGUAUUUGUUGCAAAGCAAGACAACACAGAAGUGCUUUUGCUUCUUACAAUCAACAAACUCUAAUUGAAAAGUACUGUUUUGUUGCUGUCCGUAGCAUCACUACAACCAAACAGCAUCACAGGCAGCUUCAAGCCAAAAACAAACAAAUCUUGAAUGCACAACUAUGGGCUUUGAUUCUUUCAACAGUUAAAUAUUUGUAUGUGAUGAAUCUUUAGGGGAGGGAAUUUGCAACAUGUUUGCUGACACGUGUUGAAUGCAGAUCAUUUGAAAUAAAUGGCUUUAAUCAGAUGCUAUUAAAAAAUGUAUUAGUUCCUGUUUCUCGAGAAACUUCCCCAAAGCCCAAAGGCUGUUUAUGCAUUUCAUGUUUCCUGCAAAACAAAGAUGUGGACGUGAUGUGCUGAAGCUGAGAGGCCAAGUAAUUUUGACAAACAAAUGCUAAGUAAAAUGCCCGAACCUCUGGGGACCACUGAGUUUACUCACAGGCUGUGUGUUGGAUUUAUUUGUGCCUAUUCCUCUUAUUUAACCUGCAGCCUCUGCUUGUACAGAGAGGCUAAACUCGGUGUAGAGAGGAGGUGAACAGUGGGAUCAAACUGAAAUAAAAUUGACCUAAUGUA